AUGGUUUAUCAUAGGAAAAUAACAACAGCCAGUGGCUGCACAGAAUCAAAUGUUCACCAUUGCCUUUCCACCCUGGACAUAGUGGCCCUGGGUUUGGGCAACACAUUGGGUCCAGGAAUCUAUGUCAUAGCAGGAGAAGUAGCCAAGGCCCACUCUGGUCCUAGUAUAAUCAUUUCCUUUCUGAUGGCUGCCCUGGUGUCCAUUUUGGCAGGAUUGUGUUAUGCAGAAUUUGGAUCCCAGGUGCCUCUGACUGGAUCGGCUUAUCUCUACAGUGACAUAACAGUUGGGAAGCUAUUGGCAUUCAUUACUGGGUGGAACUUGUUGCUCUCCUAUGUAAUCCGUGCAUCCAGUAUAGCAAGAGCUUGGAGCACUACUUUGGAUGAUCUCCUGGGCAAAAGAAUGGAGAUCUUUUCCAGCACCUACAUGGCCAUAAGUGUUCCAGGACUGCCCAAAUACCUCGAUAUCUUUGCUCUUUGCCUCAUUGUCAUAUUGGCAGGUCUGGAUAAUUUUAUCAAAAUCUCAGUUCUGAUUUCCAAAUCCUACCAUUGUCACCUACAGUCCUUCCACGUUCCACUCAACCAAUCUAUGACUAGCAACAGAACCUGGGAGAUUGGGAUUGGAGGGUUCAUGCCCUAUGGCUUUAGCGGGACCCUAGCUGGAGCUGCUACCUGCUUCUAUGGUUUUGCUGGAUUCGAUUGCAUUGUUACUACAGGGGCAGAAGCGAAGAACCCUCACAAAUCCAUCUCAACGGGGAUUGUCGUCUCCCUGAUCAUCUGCUUCUUGGCCUACUUUGGUGUUUCAGCUGCUUUGACCCUGAUGAUGCCAUAUCAUCUUCUGGAAACCAGGAAUCCUCUGCCAGCAGCUUUUGAAUACAUCGGAUGGAGCUUGGCCAAGUAUGCUAUAGCAGUGGGGUCAUUGUUUGCUCUGACCACCAGCCUCCUGAGUUGUAUGUUCCUGAUGCCACGGAUUUUAUUCGCCAUGGCCAGGGAUGGACUCCUCUUCCCCUCUGGGAUAAUAAGCAGCAAACAGAUCCCAGUGAUUGCAACCCUGGCAUCUGCACCUUUUGCAGCUUUGAUGGUUUUGCUUUUUGAUCUGAAGGCCUUGGUUGACAUGAUAUCCAUUGGAACACUGCUGGCCUACAAUCUAGUAGCAAUCUGAGUUCUUCUUCUUAGGUAAUGGGCUGUUUGCUAUGUACUUCUGAUGGGAGAGGUGCUACUUCAGUGCCCAUAAAGACAAUAUACUGAACACGUAUCAAUGAUCAUCUGUACAAAUUAGUAUUUGCUGGAAGAUGUAGGGUUUGCAUCUUCAGAGUUAAGAAACAUGCUACAUUUGCGCUAAGGAAAUAGAAAUAUGGUUAUGGCCAUUUCCUGUUUGUUCCUGGAUCUUUAACAGUUUUGUAUGUAUUGUGUAUGAAGAUGCAGAAAAAGUCAUGUACUACGCAAACUGGCUUACAUACUGUGCAGGGAUCUGCUGAUUUAAC